AUGGAACUAAUUUUCUCCUUAAAAACGGUGUUAAAUCCUCUCUCUCUCUCUCCCUCUCUCUCUCUCUCUCUCUCUCUCUCUCUCUCUCUCUCUCUCUCUCAUACACACACACUUCCUCUAUGGCUCUCCCUAUCACUCUGUCAUACACACUCGCUCUCUCUACCUCUACAUCGAUAUCUAUCAUUCACCUACUCUCACAUCUUUCUCUCGGGUUACCGCUUUUAUUGUUUGUCACUCUGCCUCUGGCUGAAUUCCUCUCUCUCUCUCUUUAUCGCCAUCAUCGGUUCCUUCAUUUCCAUUCCUUCUCUUAUUCUCUUUCUCCCAUCCCCCCUCUCUCUCUUUCUUUCGCUCUCUUCGUCUCUUUUUCACACUCGAUAUGCAUCAUCAUUGUCAUUUUAUCUCAGUUCUUUCGCCCAACCACUUUUCUUUUCUGUCACCCUCAUUCACACUAACCCCCUCUCUUUAAUUUUCAUUCACUCUCUCAUCAUCUCUCACUCAUUUCUCCCCCUCUUUCUCAUCUUCCACGCACUCUCUUUCAUUCUCACUCCAUUUCUCUAUCUCUCUUUCCUUGUCUUUCUCUCUCGUUUACGAUCAGCGUCGGCCUUUCUUUUUUUCUUUUAUAUUCCCUCUUUCACGUAUCUCUCCCUACCUCCCUCCAUUGCCAUGUGUUUUCUUUCUCUCUCUACCUCCACUUCUCGUUUUCUAUCACUGUCAGCCUUUUAUCUCUCAUUUCCAUUUCUCCUUUCAUCUCUCUCUCUCUACCUUCAUCCAUUGCCAUUUCUCUCUCUCUCUCUCUCUCUCUCUCUCUCUCUCUCUCUCUCUCUCUAUCGCUUUCUAUCAUCUAAUUCUUAUUCUCUCUCUCUCUCUCUCUCUCUCUCUAAUUUCAGUAUCGGCCUUCCUUUCAGUCAUUCGUUCUUUUUCUCUCCUUACCUCCAUCCAUUGACAUGUUUUAUUUCUUUUUCUCUCACCCUCUCAACUCUAAUUUUCUCUCUAAUUCUCUCUCUCUCUCUCUCUCUCUCUCAUUCCUUCUUACUCUUAAUGUCUCUUGCGUGUUCAACAAUGACUUUCGUCUUUGUUGAUCUAAAAAUCCUCAUCUUUUUUUGCUAUUAUUAUAACGUUUCUGCUGUCGCGUCCAUCGUCCUGCCUGCCAUCGCGCUCAUCGUCUUAUCUGCAGUCGCGCUUAUCGUCCUGUCUGCCGUCGCGCCCAUCGUCCUGUCUGCCAUCGCGCCAAUCGUCCUGCCUGCCGUCGCGCCCAUCGUCUUAUUUGCAGUAGCGCCUAUCGUCCUGUCUGCCAUCACGCACAUCGUCUUAUCUGCCAUCGCGCCAAUCGUCCUGCCUGCCGUCGCGCCUAUCGUCUUAUUUGCAGUCGCGCCUAUCGUCCUGUCUGCCGUCGCGUCCAUCGUCUUGUCUUCAGUCGCGCCAAUCGUCCUGCCUGCCAUCGCGCCCAACGUUUUAUCUGCAGUCGCGCCUAUCGUCCUGUCUGCCGUCGCGCCCAUCGUCCUGUCUGCCAUCGCGCCAAUCGUCCUGCCUGCCGUCGCGCCCAUCGUCUUAUUUGCAGUAGCGCCUAUCGUCCUGUUUGCCAUCCGCACAUCGUCUUAUCUGCCUUAUGCCUGCCGUCGCGCCUAUCGUCUUAUUUGCAGUCAGCCUAGUCCUAUCGUCUUCCUGUCCUGCCGUCGCGUUUUAUCCAUCGCCUAUCGUCUUCUGCCGUCGCGCCCAUCGUCCUAUCGUCCUGCCUGCCGUCGCGCCCAUCGUCUUAUUUGCAGCGCCUAUCGUCCUGUUUGGCAUCACGCACCGCCAAUCGUCCUGCCUGCCGUGCCUAUCCGUCAGGCCUAUCGUCCUGUCUGCCGUCGCGUCCAUCGUCUUGUCUUCAGUCGCGCCUAUCGUCCUGCCUGCCAUCGCGCCCAACGUCUUAUCUGCAGUCGCGCCUAUCGCCCUGUCUGCCGUCGCGCUCAUCAUAUUGUCUGUCGUCGCGCCCCAUCGUCUUGUCUGCCGUCGCACCCAUCAUCCUGUCUGCCUAUCCGGCAAAGCACAGAUUCUUCAUCUUCUUCUUUCCUCUUCUUCUUCUUCUUCUUCUUCUUCUUCUUCUUCUUCUUCGUCUGCUCCUUCUUUUUCUUCGUCUGCUUUUUCUUCUUCUUCUUCUUCUUCGUCUUCUCAUUCUUCUUUUUCUUCUUCUUCUUCUUCUUCUUCUUCUUCUUCUUCUUCUUCUUCUUCUUCUUCUAG